UGUAGCGAGCUGCUGGCGGAGUUUGAUACAAAGUUGCUGCGACGCGCCGGGGCCGGGACCCCCCCGGGAGACAGAGCCAGGUGCCCCCGGCGCAGCGCCCCCGUCAGCCCGGAGCAGGUGGGAUCCGGGCUGUCCUGGGACCGGAGCAGGAAUGGCCGAGAACUCGGACUCGCGGGACUCGGAUAACAGCUGGGUGAUCGCAGGCUCCGAGGGUUUGCCCGUGGAAACCGUGGGCCCAGAGCUGGGCACAGUCCCCCAGACUCCAGUGGACGAGGAACCAACAGGACACGCCCUCCCCAAGGGGCACAGCACUGAGGAUGUGCACACGGGCAGGAAGAGCGAAGGCUCCCAGCUGAACAUAUCCCCCGGCCCCGAGGAGGCUGAGUUCAAGGACUCUGAGGAGUGUCCCCAGGAGACCCCGAGCCCAGCAGCCUCCCCCAGGCCUGGUGCACCGGGCCACGAGGCGCCAGAGAUCCAGGCACAGGAAGGUCCAGGCUCCGAGGACGCCGAGCUGGGCUCUGACACCAACACCCCGGGCUCCGCGCCCACUGGCAGAGCAGGGGAGCUGCCGGAGGAGGUGAGCAGCAGCGAGGAUGAUGCCGAGGGUCUGCGCCGGCGGCAGCUGCGGGACUCACACCGGGCCCCGUGUGGCCCUGCCGAGCGCCGUGGGGCCGAGGCAGCCGGUGACGGGGAGAGUGGGCUCAGUGUGAAUUCGUGCCUGCUGGGCGUGCUGGCGCUGCUGGGCGUCGGGCUCCUGGCCUUCUCCGGUGCCAUCUACGACCCUGGGGAUGGCCCCACGGAGAGCAUGGAUCCCGGGGACAUCCCAGAUGGGGAGCAGCAGCCACUGGCUGCUGGCGUGAAGGACUGGCUGCAGCAGCCCCCGCUGGACCCGGCCGGGGACCCCCAGAGCCUGCACUCCAUGAGCCUGCUUCUGGACAAACUGGCCAAGGAGAACCAGGACAUCCGGCUCAUGCAGGCGGAGCUGCAGGCGCAGAAGGACGAGCUCCAGGCCCUGCUGCAGAAGAGCGAGGGGGAGAAGGCGUCGGCCGGCUCCCAGCAGCAGAGCCUGGCAGGGGAGAACGCGCGGCUCCACCAGGCGCUGCAGCAGGCGGCUGAGGCUCACCGCUCCGCCCAGGCCGAGCUGCAGGUGCUGCGGGAGCAGCUGCGGGGCCUGGAGCGGGAGGGCGCGGCCGAGACCCCGCGGCCGAGGGAGGGGCUGGCUGCAGAGCGGCCCCACGAGGAGCAGCUGCUGCACCAGGAGCUGGCCAAGCAGCGUGGGCUGCUGGGCUCCAUGCGGCGGGAGCUGGAGGGGGCCCUGCAGCGAGCCCGGGGCUCCGGCGGGAUGGAGCAGCUGCGGGUGGAGCUGGCCGGUGUGGAGCAGCGGCUGGCACAGGAGCUGCAGCGGGUGGAGAGCUGGGAACAGAACUACAGCGAGGGGCGCGGCGGGGAAGGCCGAGGGGCCACGGAGCCGUCCCGCCCCCCCCGGCAGGAACCACCCAAAGCUGACAAGAAGGAGGGGGGGUGGCACAAGAGGCCAGAGGCCAGAGAGGAGCGUAGGCGCCGGCACGGGGACCCGGGGGGCAGGGAGCAGGAUGGUGCCAAGCGCCCGAAGCGCCGGGAGCAGCCCGAGCCCCACAGCCGCCAGGGGCCGCGGGACACCAAGCCGGCCAAGGACCAGAACGGGCAGCGUCGGGCGGGUGGCGGGAAGGGGGCCCUCCGCGGGCCCCACGAGCACAACGUCUUCUGGGAGCCGCCCCGGCUGCAGCGGUACCGGGCGCCCCAGGGCUGCGCGGGCGUGGCCGACUGCGCCCGCCAGGAGGGGCUGGAGCUGUUUGGGGCCGAGCUGGCGCCCGUGCAGAAGGGACAGUUCCUGCAGCUGCUGCAGGGGUACAUGGCCGGGCUGGGCUGGGGGCAGCACUACGCGGGGCUGGCGGCCCGGCUGGACGGCGCCUUCGCCAGCGACGGCACCUUCGCCCACGACCGCCUGCGCUUCCGCCACUUCGCGGAGGACGUGGAGGAGCUGCUGGAGGAGCUGGCGGAGCAGGAGCAGGGCGACGAGGAGGCGGCCGAUGACUUCGAGGAAUAUGUGCUGCGGCACUACGGUGGGGACGGCUUCACCAAGAAGGAGAGAGAGCGGCGCCGUGCAAAGCAGCAGAGCAAGGAGCUCCGUGGGCACGGGCCCCCGCGGGACAGGGACGGCCACCGUGGGAAGGAGAACAGCCCGCCAGACAAAGGCUAGAGCCGGGGAGGCGGUGCCAGCCCAGCCGGGCCCCACCCAGCCCUGUAGUUUGUAGGGGACAGUGGCCAGUGCCCCAUAGGGACGCAAUGCUUGUUCUGAUGGGCCGUGUCCCAGGCUAGGGGGGCUGGGAGGAAGCGACCCCUGGGGGAAGGUGAUGCCCCCUCUAAAUCCGUAUGGCCAGAGUUCGAUCCGAGCCCACAGCCGUCAGCCCCUGCCCAGCAUGCCAGCUCUGCAAGCGGCACACCCCAGUGAGAUGCCAAUGCACCUGCCAGGCAGAGGCCCCUUCCCAUGGCUGAGUUGGGGGGCUAAGCCGUGACAAAGGGAUGAGAGGCAUUGGUGGGUUUCCUUGGGACAGCAGGGGCCCUGAAUGCUUUGCCCACAGCCUGCAGUUCCUCCCCAUGGCACCCUCCACCCUGCCACCUGCUCUGUCCCUUCCAGGUGCCAAGGGGCCUGAUUUCCCUGGCAUGGGGCCAGGGCUCCCACGUGCACCCACCCGCUGGUUGGUAACGGUGUCCCCCUGCUGCGGCCUGGCUUCGUGCCCACUCCACUGCCAUCCCCAGCACCGAGUCAUGCCGGAUGCCCCCCACGCCCUCUGGAGGGCCACGUGGGGCCCCCUCUCUGCUCCCCACCCAGGCUCCCUCGGCACUAACUGCCCCGCGUGUGAUGUUGCACUUUGCUAGAAACAAAUAAACUCGCUGUUGGGAA